GUUUCAUAAUUAAUUUUAUUGAAAAAGAUACCCAGUACCCCACCCUAAACACCGAAUGAAUUGAAUGUGAUUUUCGCGUGAGGUGCUUCUCUGAAAGGAGGUGCGGCGUUACAUUCCAUCAUCGUAGUCCUAAUUCGGCCCCCUUUUAUCUCUCUUUCUUUUUAAUGUGGCUUAGACCCAUCAAAGUAGAAAAACAAGAGACAGCAGUAAAAAGGAGAAACGGAAGGGUUUUCUAUGGUUAUGGCAUGGCAUGACAUUACAUCGUUCCCACCUACUGAUUAGUUACUACUGACCUGCAUUUUGGCUGCAACUCUUAUAUUACUUUCUAGUUUUUUUUUUAAUUAUUUUAUUUUUUCAACCGAUGGAAAAGAACAAGUAUCAGAUUCUGGGUUCCGCUUCUGGUCAACAACCUCCGACAAAUGAACCGCAGGGCAACAAACAGAAAGGCCAAGCAAAUGUGACAGUUUUGCCUAACUCAAAACAACAGCAGCAGCUAUCCAUUGCCCCUAAACCCUACACUCCUCAAAGUGCUACAGAACAGUUCCUGGCAAUGACCAUGCCCACCAAUCAGUGGCAACAAGCUCAGAUGUUUGCACAGUUAACAACACCGCCACCACCAACCUAUUGGCAACCUCAGUGGCCUUCUGGUGUUGCUCCAUUUAUGGGAUCAAAUUUUCCCCCAAUUUAUCAGCCAUUCCCUCCUAAUGGCACCACUGAUCCUAGCUGCCAAGGUGUUGGAACUUCCUCAACUACGCGGCCUCUAGUUCCGGAUAUGCAUUACCCUAUUCCCUACCCGUAUCCUGGAUUUCCAGGUCCUUGUGAUCCAUCAUCUUGGUUGAGUCAAAUGCAGCAAUUACAGCAUCUCUAUGCUUACAAUUUUCCUGGUGCACAUGGCUAUUCUUCGGCAGCUCCUACUGCGCCUGGCUUCUCAGCUUCUGGAGAGCAAUCUUCCCAUAAAGGAAUUAUCAGACCACCUGCAAAUCUUUCUCAGAAGCACCAGCAACUCUGGGAAGCUCAGUCAGCAGAGAAUGUCCAGCUCUGGAGCAUAAUAGAUAAAUUGCAGGCUGAAGUUUCCGAUUACAAGGUUCGUCUCACAAGGCUUGAAGAAGAAGUUUCAUCACUCAAACAAAAAGCAGCAGUGCCUCCCCAUAAUGAAGUUAAGGGUAAUAUCCCUAAAGCGGCAGUGCCUCCCCGUAAUGAAGUUAAAGGUAAUAUCCCUUUAGGGGAAGUUAAUGGAAAUAUCCCUUUUGGAACAGGACAGCCACGAAAGAGAGGGAGGCCACGUAAGCGGCCACUGGAUAUACUGUAUCCGUAUCCAAUCCAUCAAGAAUCUCAACCACAAACUCAGUGUAGAAAGCCAGCGCCACCAAUUAAGCCUCACUUUGAAAUUAAGCCAUCUCUCUUUGAGAAAGUUAUCCUUAAGCCACAUGAUCAAGGCGUGCCAAAUCACUCUACAAUGGCAAAGCAGCAAACCAAUGAAAAGAUCCUAGAUGCGGUAACGCCAGAAGUGAGUGGCAACAUCCAAAACAAUCAAGGCAAAUCAUUGUUGCCUACACACGGAAGCGAAGUUUAUCAGGAAUAUCAGGGACCCCAAUCAUAUGCUAGUGGAAGCGCUUAUGCUUCGGGAGCAUGGGUUAGUUUUAAAAAUUUAGACAUGGUAACAGCCUAUUGUGUACUUCCAAAUCCAAAAGAAGUACGAUGGAGUAACGGGAUUGUUUCGGCUAGAUACCGAGGAGAUACUGAUAAAGGGAGUCAUGGGGGAACUCAUUGCAUACCCAUUCAAAACUCUGCUAAGGAACUGUUAAAUGCAGCAAGUAAAGGUCAUUUCCAUAAUGGCAUUGUUAUCAAACAAGAACAAGAAGAAGGAGCAAAGGUAUCAUCACCUGGACAGAGUUCUGCUAAUGAAACAGAGGAGGUGGAAGAUACUAAUUCAGGAUCAGCCGAAGAUGAAAAUGAGGAUGAAAUGGAAGAUGACACUGGCUCCAGUGCUGAAGAAACUGAUGUGCCUAAAGAUGAGGGUGAGUGCACCAUGAAUAAUAGUUGACAGUAUUAUUUCAAGUCUUUUUGCAUUCCAAAUCACUGACUAUAGUAAACUGAGCAAUGGGACCAUUUUCUUACUAACUUUUUUAAUGGUUUCCCAGAGUUUUGGUAGGAACUAGGGACCAGUAUCAGUAUGUAGAUUACCAUAAUAUUUCGCCAUAUUAAUCGAGGCGCUCCAUGCAUUUCGAAUCAUUUUAUAUAUGCCAUGACCAAGAAGAUUACUUUGAUUAUUUUAUUAUUAACACUACUUGGAACUAAUUUUUAGUAUA